CAUGGAACCGCGAACUCUAUUCAGCGCAACAGAUUCGGUAGCAUUGCUGCUCAACCAAUUAGCUCUCGGUGUUUUAUCGAAGUACUAUUGCACCUGUAUCGUUCGGACUUCGGAUGAUGCAGUUGUGAUAAGCGAGAUUCUUCCUGCCAUGGUUAUUACAGUCGAUGACAGAUUCGACGAAUCAUUUCAGCAAGGUGUUGACAAUGGUUGCCAAUCGUUUAUUACAUUCGAGACUAGUAUCUGGAUGUUUUUGGAUCAUUUUAUCGACGUACACGAUGCCUCUGAUCAACGAUUCAGUGAUAAGGUGCUUAUUGUGUUGGCGGAAUACGUCAAUGAUAGUUUCAUCCAACGAAUAUCGGAACAUCCCAGUGUCAAAGAUCUUCGUAAUACUCUGAUAGUCGCUUCCGAUAGCGAAGAAAAACUGUUGAAGCUUUUAACCGUUGAUAUUUUCGGAAAUGGAUCACCUGGAACGACGAUUGUUCAAUUCAGUGCCAUUUCGUUAGAACAAUUUCUUCCAGAUGAUGGUCAAAAUUUUCGUGGUAUCCCAGUGCGUUUACAGAGUGUGGUGAAUCCACCAUUCGGUUACUAUGAAAAGACGACCCCUGACAAAGCAAAUGCCAGAUGUGACCCUCAAUACUGUAGCGAGGAUGUUCCGUUAUACAUAGAUGGUUCCGAACCAAUGCUGCUGGUUCACUUUUGUCAACGAUAUAACUGCUCUAUCGAAGCUUAUUUCGAUGAGAUUGAGUUAUGGGGAGACGUAUAUCCCAAUCGUUCUGGACCCGGUGUUCUUGGAGCAAUUGCUAACCGGAAAACAGAUUUCGCUGUAGCGGCCCUUUAUUUUUGGAUUCAACCAUACGUGUUUUCCACCUAUACAGAAUCUAUCAGUCGCUCGGGUGUUACUAUUCUGGUGCCUAAACCUCGAUUGGUCGAUCCUUGGCGAACGCCUUUUCUAUCAUUUUCUCCGCAUCUCUGGAUCGCUGUGGCCCUAGCAUUUCUGGCCGGAGUGUUAUCGGUGUGGUUCUUGGAGCGAGUAAGAGUUCAAAUCAUUGAGCAUGGAGAACCCAAAUCAAUCAGCGAUUCAGUACUAACAAUCAUUGGAUUCUAUAUGGAGCAGACAGCUAUCAUGAGGAAUGAUCUUGUAUCAUGCGUAUUUCUUUUUUCGUCACUGAUGCUUGCGGGAUUCAUGGUAGGAAAUUUAUACGGUGCAGGUCUUGCCAGCAUUAUGACCAUUCCUCAAUACGAGAAACCUAUCGAUACUGGAAGGGAUUUCGCUGAAAGCAAUAUGUUACUAGCAGGAAGUGCUAUAUCAUGGAUCUACGCAAUAAUGGAAGCUCCCCAACCGUUCCUUCAAAAAAUAGUCGAAAACUAUCGCUUAGUGGAUAUAGAUUACAUGAUUGAUCAUCGGUACGCUCUCGAUAUAGGAUACAUCGGUGAGCGGACUCAGUUUGGGCACUUUGGACCCAUCGAUUUUCUGGACGAAGGAUCAGCUAGCCUCAUGCGGUUACUGAAAGACGAUCUGUUUUGGCAAAUGUGUACAGCGAUCGUUUCGAAAACUUGGCCUCUCAAACAUCAUUUCAACAAACUUGUUUUAGCGGUCAAAGAAUCGGGAAUUCAGAACUACUGGGAACUUCAAAUUGUGAAGAAUUACAUGAAUUCAAAAAUUCAGCAAGGCAUUCUCGAUAGUCGCAAUACCAAUCAAGGCUCUGAGGCAGAAACACUCACCACUAGUCAUUUAAUGGGAUCUUACAUGAUUCUUGGAUCCCUGCCACUGCCACUGGAGUCCUCCGCCACUGAACGCCUCCGCCGCUGGCUGUCUAUGCUGGUGUGGUGGCCGUCAUCGCUGCUCACCAUCAUCGUUGCUCACUGGUCCACGGUUGCCACUGAACUACUGCAAAUCGAUAUCUGA